GAUUUCGAAGUACUGUGGUAAUGUCUGUGGUCACCGACACCUGUACUCGUGUCACUACUGCGUGAAUAAAGUGAUUCUCGUGUAAACAUACGAACACAAGGCGAGACUCAAUUGCAUUCGUAAAAAAAGCAAGUGGAGUCUGUGACCUGCUGAAGAAGUUUCCAGCGCUGCAAUCAUGAGGUAUUUCCGAACGAAAGCCGAUCGCGACCCCACCAAACCACGCGCACACCAGUGCUUCAAUCUGGUUAGACCCUUUUGGUUUCUACUCGGCAUCGCCUGCGGUAUCCUAGCGUGGCGGUACCUCCGCCAGCGCUCGGGCCCGACGGAGAGCUCCGACCCCCACGACAUCGCCGUCUUCAGAGACGACGUUUACGAAGGGGCUUUCCUCUUCGUCGCGGUGCUGUCGUAUCAGCAGAACGAAGCCCUACGCGACGCCGCUCGACGAACGUGGCUGAAGCGAAAGGUCAAGUACGACCGUCAUCGCUUUCCCCUAGUUUACCGCUUCUUCGUCGGCUCUCUCGGCGUCUCGAAAGAGCAACGAAUCGCCCUGGAGCGGGAGGCGCUCGUUCAUCGCGACUUGGUCCUUCUCGAAGGCGUGCCCGAUUCCUUCGACAACCGGACGUUCAAGGUGCUGCAGGCGUUCCUCUGGGUGCACUCGAACUACAAGUGCAAGUUCUUGCUCAAGGUGAACGACAACUCGUUCGCGAUGUUGGACCCAAUCGUCUCGGAGCUGGGUGAAGCGCGGUUUAACCCGCGAAAUAAUUUGCUUCUCUGGGGAUUCUUCGCGGGUUACGCGCCGGUGUCGCGAAGCGGUCCGUGGGCCGAGCCGGUGUGGUUUCUUAGCGACCGCUACCUGCCUUACCCGUGCGGAGGCGGCUACGUUCUCACCUGGAUGGCGCUCGUCUACAUCAGCCACAUCUGGAAGCUCCUGGACCUGUACGCCAACGACGACGUCGCCGUGGGCGUCUGGUUGGCGCCUUUGACGCUAAACAGGAGGCACGACCGUCGCUUCGACACCGAGCGCGAGUCGCGGGGCUGCUUAAAUUCUUACCUGGUGACGCACCAACAGACGGCUGCCAUGAUGGAGGAGAAGUACAAGAACCUGAUGGAACACGGCGUGAUGUGCAGAGAAGAGGUGCAACUCAGGAUGUCAUACGAGUACGACCAGCAUGCUCGACUGUCGCAGUGCUGCGUUCGCAAUGUCAGCGACAUACGAAUGCCGAAAGGGAGAGAGAAGGAAAAGGAACAGCAGGGAGGUUGAGCAGGUUAACUGGUUUGCUCCCCUACACAGAUGUCAAGGCUCAGCACCUGGAGGGAGGUCUUCAGAGAUCGAGCCCUUAUUUGGCAUGCCGCCUUCUUCGACAGGAAGAGGGCACAGCUGAUCAGUUGUCUUUGCCUUAGGACUACAUGGCUCACUCUGAAAAGUUCUACUUUCACAACAGCUUCUGUCGUAUGUGACUGCCUAGGCAACCAGUAGCAGCCAUGCAACUUCAAGAAAAUAGCGACCACUGUAGAGAGAAGGCAAAGCUGACAGUGUCGAGAGUCCAUCCCUACAAUGUUCACUAAGUCUCUCUGCAUCAACAAUACAGCCAACAACUUCAGCCUUUGAAGGACAUUUCUUGCGUCUCAAAAAUGCAGUUACUGAAAGGCUUAGCUGCAUUUAUAACAUCUGUGAUAUGAAGUAUGUUUUGGGUAGCAUUGCGGUGGCAGUCUGUGGCCACCUGCGCAUGUGUAUUCAGAGAUAUAAUUUGCCUUUACAGCAAUACGUGUUCAUAUUGCCAGCAGGACGCUCUAGAGACUGUACAAAGGUGGCAUCGACCGCACGUCACAAGAUGGCAGCUGACUUUUGGGCCCAGUUUGCUAUGGCACAAUUAAUUUGUACUAAUGUUCUUUUAGUCACUUUAGGUGUUUCUUGCUCUAAUGUGUCGGUCGUAGUCUUGCACAUGAGUGAGUGACCAGAUUUCUACAUAGUUGCUGUACAUUUUCACACAACAGUUAGGUCAGUAGAGCCGGUGAAGUUCUGUGUAGGAACGUUUCUCUUUCCCAAUGAAUUUUUGAGCAAACGUCUGCUGGAAACACAGUGCAAAUGGUCAAUGAUGACUUAGAGCAUUGAACAAGUGCAGGCUGAGCGUUUGUUCAGGAAAAAAUGCUAAUGUGCAAAACAAAGGAACUAUGAACAAAGGAAAAAAGCCCAAUGUGUGAUGAACAAAGAGCACCAAGAACUGUCAAUGGAAGUCUAAAUUUCUGCAAAAGAUAUAAGUUGAAAUGGAAUUUUCCCAGAAUUACAGGGAGGGGUUAAAUGUUGAAUCCCCCCCCGCUUUUUUUUCUGAAAGGAAGAAAAAAUAUUGAAUAUAUUAUCCCACUCAUGCGUGUCAGUGUGUUCAAAUAUUAGGUGUUUGCUGUAUGUAUCUUAUUUACCCAUAGUAACACUUAAUCAUAGUAACUGUUUAGAAUGUUCGCAGAGUUGUCUACUACAUGUCAAGGCAAUCUACUUAAAUGUGCAAUAGUGGUGGUGUGCAAAACCUUGCUUUUGGUGUCAGAAGCUAUAUCGUAUAUAGUACAGAACAAUCAAGUGAACAAAUAUUGAUGUGCCCGCUGUGUUCAAAAGUGUACUGUAUCGUUCAUAUAUUUGUGUUGUAUUAUACGCAAUGGGGUUAUUAGAAAUUGACGUACAAGAAAAAAUGACGCUAAACUGUGUGAAGAAGAGUUUGAGUACUUGAUGUAUAUUUAUCUAUCGUGAUAAAAGAUUUUCUGGACUUGCAUUGUAGGAAAAGAUAGUGCCGGUUUAUUCUAUAUGUGAAAGUAAACGUAACCAUUAAAAUGCUUUUUGAGAA